AUGAUUACGCUGUGCCAGAUCAAGUCGCCGCCCUCGAGAUGGAAGACAUUCGUCGCGAACAGGGUUUCUGAGAUUCAGCAUCUCACUCGAGGCGGAAUUUGGAAUCACGUCCCAGGAACCGAGAACCCGGCUGACAUAAUCUCCCGCGGGAUGACGCCAGCCCAGUUGCAGUACCAAUCUCUCUGGUUCCAUGGACCCUGCUGGUUAAAGCUGGACAAAGCGAACUGGCCACACGUUGAGCAAAUCCGUGAAGAAGAUCUCGACGCAUCGCUCCUCGAAGAACGCAGCGUUGCUGCAGUGUUGCCAACGAUCGAACCGAGUCACAUCUUCAGCCUGAACUCGUCGCUCACACGUCUAGUACGUGGUGUUGCGUACGGUAUUCGAUUCCGCCACAACGCGAAGCAGGCUCACCAAAAUUCGAAAAAGCUCGGACCGAUCACAAGUGAGGAGUACGAGGAUGCACUGAAGCGGUUGGUGCGCAUCGCACAGCAGGAAUGCUUUCAACAAGAGAUCGCUGACCUGAAAAGAGGUCAUCAAGUGCAGGACAACUCGAGGAUUGCUGCACUGAACCCACAGUUGGUAGAUGGUCUACUCUGUGUUGGCGGCCGGCUGCAGAACGCCAAUGUCUCAGCGAGCCGAAAACAUCCGUACAUCCUGGAUCAUCGCCAUCCUUUCACCGAGACUGUUAUCGCUGACUACCACGUGAACCUGUACCACGCUGGACAGCAACUGCUGCUGUCAGCUUUGCGCGGAAGGUUUUGGCCGACUAGCGCCAGGAACGUGGUGCGCAAGGUGAUUCAUUCGUGCGUAAGCUGCUUUCGAGCUAGACCACGUGUCCAGAACCAACUGAUGGCGGACCUCCCGCCCGAGCGAGUCAACCCUUGUUUCGCAUUCCAAAGAGUUGGCGUUGACUAUUGUGGUCCCUUCUAUCUGGUUCACGGUCUGCGCCGUGGAUCUCCGGUGAAAUGUUUCGUCGCUAUUUUUGUUUGCCUCGUCACUAAAGCGGUACACCUGGAGUUGGUGGCAAACCUGACCACAGAAGCGUUUCUAGCAGCACUCAAGAGAUUCUCAGCCCGCCGCGGUAAACCCAAACUGAUUAAGUGCGACAACGCAACAAACUUCGUGGGGGCUUCGAGAGAAUUGAAGGAGCUGCACAGACUGUUCCUGAACCAAGAGUUCCAAGCGAGGGUGGUCGCGCAGACAGCAGCAGACCGCAUUGAGUUCCAGUUCAUCCCGGCGCGCACCCCGAACUUCGGUGGACUGUGGGAGUCCGCCGUAAAGUCGUUCAAGACGCUGCUGAAACGAACCGUUGGAGCUUGCAAGCUGUUCUACGACGAGAUGCAGACAAUCCUGACCCAAAUCGAAGCGAUCUUAAAUUCAAGACCUCUGACCCCACUAAGCAACGACCCGAACGACUUUGAGGCCCUGACACCGGGACAUUUCCUCAUUCAUCGUCCACUCGUGGCCAUCCCAGAACCAGAUCUGGAUGGCAUUCCGGAAAACCGACUUUCAGCGUGGCAAGCAGUUCAGCACUAUGUGCAAACCCUGUGGAAGACGUGGACAACUCAAUACCUCUCCGAUCUCCACAAUCGGACCAAAUGGACCCAGCAGAAGGACAACAUACGAGUCGGCACGAUGGUGGUUUUGAUGUGCGAAAACAUCCCACCACUGAAGUGGCCCCUGGCACGUGUCACCGAGGUGCACCCAGGACAAGACGGACGUGUCCGAGUUGUCACCGUUCGAACUAAGGACGGCACAUUCAAGCGAGGCGUAUCUAAGAUCUGCGUCCUCCCAAUACGCGACAACACCGUACCAUCUUCGCAGCAAGGGGGAGAACUAGCUUCUCCUCCACCGGCGGAGGCCGGGAGGCCUCCGCACUCCCAGUUAAUCGUUCACGCCCACGCCCCCUCUGGUCCGUCCAAACCAGACCCGGCGAAGUCACGCAAGUCCAGUUGUCUCGUCCAAAUGAGGUACGAUCGAAUCUUCGACGGCGAGCCGAGACGGAGUGUACAAUCCGUUCUCGAGGUCCGUGCAGCGGUCGUCAGCGAAUCUGAUCAAUUCGCCAGGCGGUCACAACGCAGAACCUACGCAACAGAAGCCAGCAAGUCAACGGUCUACCAGCGAAGCACCAAGAAGUACGAGUUCCGAACCACACCAGCAGUAAGCAGAGCGUCGACGUCCGAGGACGUCCGCGGAGGCCACGGACGGUGGUCUCCGCAAACCAGCAGUACAACCAGUCCCGAAGCGGUUACGCGUCGCAGCACGAGAACGCCAAGAAGAGCACCAGAAGAAGAAGAGAACAACAGCAUCGAAUCCCAACAGCAGCGCACACGAUUACGAUCGUCAAGAUCCAGCAGCAUGAUCAGCAUUGCGGUCAACAGUCGGCGUCGAAGCAUGUACGAGCACGAGCAGCAUACAGCGAGCAGCAGCAUAAUCCAGGUCGAAGUAGGCGGUCGGUGCAGCAGUCCAGUCAAGCGAUGA